AUGGCUGAAAGAAACGCCCACACUGGGCAAUUCCGUCAGUACUCCCCCAUCUCCUCCAUGAACCCCCGCGAUGCCGAUGGACAGCUGCUAAAUCCCGUAGAGAGAAUCGACUCGCAACCUGAGAAUCCCUAUUCACAUCUUAUUACGGACCAAACCACUGUUAUCGUUCCGUCGUUCACCCUCGAGUCUGGUGUUACGCUACACAAUGUCCCUAUUGCCUACACUGCGCGGGGCGAGUUGUCUCCCAACCGUGACAAUGUUUUGGUCAUUUGCCAUGCAUUGAGUGGUAGUGCAGACGUGGCAGAUUGGUGGGGCCCGCUGUUGGGUGGACCUGGUCAGGCCUUUGAUGUGUCUCGAUUCUACGUUGUCUGCUUGAACAGUUUGGGUAGUCCGUACGGAAGUGCCAGUGCCGUGACAUACAAGGACGGCGACCCGGAGAAGGGAAUUUACGGGCCUGAGUUCCCGCUUACUACUGUCCGUGAUGAUGUGAGAAUUCACAAGAUGGUCUUGGAUGACAUGGGUGUCAAACAGAUUGCAGCGGUGAUUGGAGGCUCCAUGGGUGGUAUGCUCGCUCUGGAAUAUGCGUAUUUCGGCAAGGACUACGUGCGAGCAGUUGUUCCGAUUGCCACCUCUGCCCGCCAUUCCGCAUGGUGCAUCAGCUGGGGAGAGGCUCAAAGACAAAGCAUCUACAGCGAUCCGAAAUACGAUGACGGCUACUACAGCUUCGACGAUCCUCCGGUGACUGGGCUGGGAGCUGCACGCAUGUCCGCACUCCUCACCUAUCGCAGUCGUAACUCGUUCGAGUCGCGAUUCGGCAGAAAUGUCCCCGACCCCUCGAAGCAGCAGAACAUCAAGGACACCCAGAAGCUGCCUACCCCUCCUAAUGAACAUUGGGCAGUUCACAACGAUGGACACAAGGGUGGACAGUCGCGGAGCUCACCCACUCCGCAGCUGCAGGCCGAGUCGCCGGCCGUUGAGUAUAUGGACCCACAGUUUUCGGGUACCAAAACUUUCAGCGCUCCUGUGAAGCCCAGUGUCGAGGGACGGAAGAGGCCCCCAACCUACUUCUCAGCCCAAUCUUACCUGCGUUACCAGGGAGAGAAAUUUGUCAAGCGGUUUGACCCCAACUGCUAUAUCGCCAUCACCCGCAAGCUUGACACGCACGAUGUCUCCCGUUACCGCGCCAGUCCGACGUCGGAGGACCCGGUUAAAGAGGCGUUGAGCCAAAUCGAGCAGCCUGCGUUGGUUCUGGGGAUUGAAAGCGACGGUCUGUUUACAUUUGAAGAGCAGAAGGAGAUCGCAGCUGGCAUUCCAGACUCGAGACUGAAGCGCAUUGAGAGCCCCGAAGGACACGAUGCCUUCCUGCUCCAGUUCGAGCAGGUCAACCAUUAUAUCCUCGAAUUCUUCCGCGAGGUCAUGCCUGAGAUCAUGUCCAAGCAGACGACUGAAGGCGGCACAAUUGUCGACGGUGUCAACAAGCUAACCAAGAGCAGCACCUUCGGCGAAGCUGAAGUCGAGGAUAUCACUGCAUGGUAA